CGAUAUGACAGCUUGAAUAACAAUCAAGCAAGAUCAAUUAGUCCGUUUUCAUAAUUAAAAAUAUAUGCAGAUGUAAACACAUCUAUAAGCAGGUGUAAACAGACUGUUGAAAAGGAACAUUCACAAAAAUAACAAGGAAAUGGCUCCAGUCAAAUUAUCUGAUAAGAAAGAAAGCAUUGAAGAUGAAUUUUUAGACCCCCCUCGUCGAGAAGUCGGGUUUAGACCAACCUUGUAUGACACUAAAGGUGAAUAUGAUGUCGCACAAAAAGGAAUCGUUAAGGCAAUGAUUAUUCCAGGAAUUAAAAACAAUCUGGCUUCAAGUAUAUGUGCCUUUUUGACGUUAACAGCACUAGUUGGUGCAGGAGUAGUGUCGGGAAAGAAAGACGCGUUAAUGUCCUCGUACAUGUUGAACUUUCGUAUCUUCUUUUCUUGCCUAACUGUUGCUUCAUUAGGAGCCACAUCUUUUUCUGAGGAGAUGGAAGUUGAAAAUAUAAAAGCAAGGAAAGAAUUAAAACUUUUAGAGGCUCAGAAAGAAUGAAUCAGACAACACGGAAAUAAAAUCUUCAUGUAGACUUUCAAGCUUGUUUUUAAGAAAAACUUAAUAUAAUUCUCUUCAAAGAAAAUAUAAUUCUCUUCAAAGAAACUGUUUUAUUCAAAGCAUGUACUUCAUUCAUUGUGAUACAUAUGUUUGAAAUAAGUUUAGAAGAGACCUAGUAACUGUAAAACAGGAACAUUAAAUGAUAAUAUAGGUUAUAGAAGUGACCUGUAAGAACAGAGAUCAAUGAUGUUUACUUGAUUUGCACACUUGCUCUGUUAUCAAAAUGAUUGAAAAAUUCUUAUUUAGUCUUAAACAUAAAGCAGAAUAUAGAAAAUAUAUACAGUCUUUUUAAGUGGUUGGUGCCUGUUUUUGUGUUAAGAGAGACAUGAUGUUUUUUUUGUUAACUUAAAAUACCUCAUUUUAUUAAGCUAACACACGGUUGUCAGAAGAUGCUGUGUUUAAUAUUGUGGUAUUUAGAACUUAAUAUAGACUCAGCUUGGCAGGUUUUGAGGCUUGAGUCAUGAUUGAAACAAUUUUUGGUACUAGAUAGACCAUGCAUUAAGCUAUACAGUCUCUAUUGUCAACAAGCAUGAAUGAAUGAACAUUGGACAAUUAUCAAUUCUAAAAGAUUUCAUAAAGGGAAAAUAUAGGAAAUUGUAAAGAAUGUAUUUUAUAUACAUGACACUUGUGACUGAACUGUUGACAAUAUAUUUAUUGUUUUGUGUAUUAUAAAAUAAUGUAUAAUUAUAGAUCUCUGUUGUUUAAAAGAUUUUAGAAUCAUUUAGGAUUCCUCUUUAUUUUACUUUUUUUGCGAAUAUAUAAUCUAUAUUACACUAUUCUAUUUGGAGACUUUUAUUGGGCAAUAAUUUAUUGGUCAUUUUAGUUUUUAUCUUGAUAUUGCAAUUAUACAUGUAUGUAUUUGUAAUACAUUUUUUUCUUAGAUUGAUCUUUAAUUACUUUGUAUUAGAUUCCUCUGGUAGGUCAUGUUUUGAUUAUUGUUAAUUUGUACAAUGUACCAUACAUUUUGUACAAAAUGUUAAUCUUACUUAAUCUUAGAUUGUACUUUAUCAUGACCAUUUUUCAUAAUGUUGAAUAAUCAUGUUAAUAGCCAAUGAAAUUGAAUGUAAAUGUAGAUGGUGAUUGUAUAAUAAAGCUGAGUUGAGUUUUA